UUGCCGCGGACACUCACUUGCACGGAUCCGCCUCCUGCUCCUGGCUGCCCGGCUGCCCGGCUGCCGCGCGCUGCAGCUGCGGAUCGUGGCUCCGUUAGACGCCAGUUGGCCGGCGGGGCAAGCCAGGGAGGCCAUGAGUCCCCUCACGUCGCAGCUGCUUUUACAGCGUGGCCGACCCAAGACCAACAGGCUGGGGAAGAUACGGAGCCUGGACCUGUCAGGGUUGAAGCUGCUGUCAGAGCACCUGGACCCCAACCUCCUGGGUCGCCUGAAGCAGCUGCAGGAACUGGACCUCUCCAACAACCAGCUGGAGGUGCUCCCUGCCAACCUGGGUCUGCCCCACCUCCGUGUCCUACGCUGUGCCAAUAACCAGCUUGGAGACGUCACAACCCUAUGCCAGUUCCCUCGGCUGGAGGAGCUCAGUCUGGAGGGCAACCCCUUCCUUACGGUCAGCGACAACCUGAAAAUCUCCUUCCUCCUGCCCAACCUGCGGAAGGUGAACGGCAAGGAUGCGGCUUCCACCUGCUCUCAGGUGGAGAACCUGAACCGAGAGCUGAGCAACCGGGUCACAGCAUACUGGGAGAAGUUCAUGGCUGCUAGGGGCCCUGAGCAGGAGGCUGAGAAAGUGCAGACUGACUUUGUGAACUCGGCCAUCAGGGAUGUGCACUAUGGACCUGAGUCCCUCAGGGAGUUCACCCAGUGGCGGGUGCGAAUGAUCUCGGAGGAGCUGGUAUCCUCUGGUGGGAACCCUACGCGUGAGGCAAACAUCCUGAAGAAGCCUCCAGGAGCAGCAGCUGCCAGCGGGCCCAGGUCCCCUCCUCAGGCCAGGCUGGCAACCUUGAAGCGGCCACAUGAUGCCCUGCUCAGCGUCUCUCCCAGCAAGCGCAUGAGUGCUACGCCAUCCGCCCAGGGGGAGGGUGGCCAGUGUGCCCUGCAGCUGGAGCCCCUGCACUUCCUGCAGUGCCACAGCAGGAAUAACAGCCCCCGGGACCUGGAGACGCAGCUGUGGGCCUGUGCCUUCGAGCCCCCCUGUGAGGAGGGGCAUGCAGGGACCACCUCCCAGACAGUGGCCACGUGUGGUGGGGAGGCGGUGUGUGUGAUAGACUGCCAGACGGGCAUCGUCCUCCACAAGUACAAGUCGCCAGGCGAGGAGUUCUUCUCUGUGGCCUGGACCACACUGACAGUGGUCACGCAGGCCGGCCACAAGAAGCGCUGGAGUGUGCUGGCUGCCGCGGGCCUGCGGGGCCUGGUCCGGCUGCUACACGUGCGUGCUGGCUUCUGCUGUGGGGUCAUCCGGGCCCACAAGAAGGCCAUCGCCACCCUCUGCUUCAGCCCCACCCACGAGACACAUCUCUUCACGGCCUCCUAUGACAAGCGGAUCAUUCUGUGGGACAUCGGGGUGCCCAACCAGGACUACGAAUUCCAAGCCAGCCAGCUGCUCACUCUCGAGUCGGCCUCCAUCCCACUACGCCUCUGCCCUGUGGCCUCCUGCCCCGAUGCCUACCUGCUGGCUGGCUGCGAAGGCGGCUGCUGCUGCUGGGACGUGCGGCUGGACCACCCCCAGAAGAAGAGGGCAUGCGAGGCAGAGUUCGCCUUCUCCUCCGAGGGCUCCAAGACAACCAGACACAGAGUGGACGGGCUGGCAUUUGUGAAUGAGGAUGUUGUGGCCUCCAAGGGGAGUAGCCCAGGCACCAUCAGCCUGUGGAGCUGGAGGCAGACGUGGGGCGCCCGGGGCAGCCAGUCCGUGGUAUCUGUGGUCAUCCUGGCUCAUCUGCAGUGGUCAUCCACCGAGUUGGCCUACUUCUCGCUCAGCACCUGCCCUGAACAGGGGCUUGUGCUCUGUGGUGAUGAGGAGGGCAGUGUGUGGAUCUACGAUGUCCAGCAUGUUCUGAAGCAGCCGCUGCCACCUGCCGCCCUCCCUCAGGCCCCCACACAGAUCCUCAAGUGGCCCCAGCCCAGGGCCCUUGGUCAGCUGGUGACAAAGACCAUGGUGAACACCGUGGUGGCCAACGCUGCCUUCACUUACCUCACGGCACUGACAGACUCCAACAUCGUGGCGAUCUGGAAGAGGCCUUAGCCGCCCGGCCCCAGCGGGGAGUGGGCUCUGCACCUCAGGGUUCAUUAGCAGUAGUCUUUUUGUCAACAAGUAUUUUUGUUAAACUUUAUUAAAAUUUCUGCUGUGGA